AUGAUUGAAGGCAGACCUAGAGAAAGUUUAAUCUCAGCUGGAUAAGACCCUAAGGAUCCAUUCAAAAAGACUUUUGGUUCUACCAAGAAGAAGACUCAAUUGCCACCAAUGGAAACCAAGCCAAGCAGUGAGGACAUUUUGAACGCUAUCCUCCCUCCAAGAGAAUGGGUUGAAAAUGGCAAGCAUUACAUCCAAUAUGUGAGUCAUUAAGAGGCUACUAGAGUAGACGUUGCAAGAUUAAGAGAGAUGCUCGAUCAGAAACUCAUGGAGAGACAAGCAAGAGAAAGUGGUAUCUGCCCAGUAAGAGAAGAACUUUUCUCACAAUGCUUUGAUGAAAUCAUCAGAUAAGUCACUCUCAACGAACCAGAGAGAGGUCUCCUUCUCCUCAGAGUUAGAGAUGAAAUUAAAAUGACAAUUGCUGCCUACCAAACUCUAUAUCAAAGUUCAGUUACAUUCGCAAUGAGAAAACAAUUGCAAGCAGAGCAUGGUAAAGCUGACCUCGAGAAAAAAAUUGAAGAACUCGAAGCAAAGAAGACAAAGCUUGAGAAUAAAGUUAUCGAGCUCAAGUCAAAGAUAGAAGCCAUUGAAAAGAGAAACAGAGAGAGAAGAGAGGUUGAAGCCAAGAAGAGAGACCAGGAGAUUGAAUUCUUAAAGUACCAAGAGACUCAUUUAAGCAAGUUCCUCAAGAGCAUCAGUGACAACGCUAAGUGA